GGACGCGCCAGCCACGCCAGCUCCGCGCAGACCCCAGCCCCGCCCCCGCGCCCAUGGCCGCCCUGGGACACCGCACUUUACAGGCUGCGAUCUGUGGCGGUUGCUGCUGCCUCCUCCUGUGUGCCCAGCUCGCUGUGGCUGGGGGCUGCAAACACCUGAAGCUCUGUGAGCACUGUGUACAGAAGAACGGAGCUCACAACCUGUCUGGUUGCGUGUGGGAGCAGUGUCAGCUCCAGGAGCCAGGACACUGUGUGACUCGAGCUGAGGCAGUCAAAGAAGGUUGUUCCCUCUACAACCACUCAGCGUCCUGUUCAGCUGCCCACCACCACCCUACCUAUGAGCCGAAGAUAAUGACAACAGAGAGCCCCCUAGGCCCUGAGAGCGGUGGACCUGAAUUUGAUAGUGCCAGCUUCAUAGGGGGCAUCAUGCUAGUGCUGAGUGUGCAGACGAUGAUCUUCUUCAUAGUGCGCUUCCUCAAGGCCAAGAACAACCCAUACGAGACUCUGUGA